AUGACGCACGAAGAGAACAAAGAUGGCGAUCCCGAGCACACGAAAAUUAAAACGAGCUGAAUGAUAAAUAAAGAAUUUUGUACUUAUAGUUGAAAUUCGCAUAAACGCAGUGAAAUAAAUUGCUUACUAAAAGUGUCAUGCAUAUUUGCAAUGUGUAAAAGAAGAGUUUAUCACGAAACGGUUUAGUUUACCUGUGCAUUUUAAUACAAUCCCAAAACACAUAAUCUUACUAGUUAAAAUUGACUGGACGACAUUAUAAAAAAAAAAUUGGGUAAAUUUACCAAACGCAAACGCUAUAGAAUACAUAAGGAUUCUCGGUAUUAAUACAAAAAAGAUAUGUAUAUGUAAUACAUAGGCUGGUGGCUCAACGUCAACACUCGCUGCAACAAAAGGAAUUGCAUACAUAGAAUUAAGAGUGGAUAUUAGGAUCUAUUGCUGAAAUGGCGACCAGUGACGACGAGCCGAUGCACCUGUACGAGGUGUUCCAGAACUGCUUCAACAAGAUAGCCAACAAGCAGCCGACGGGGACGGUGGGAGCGGAUCGCGGCGGUGGCGGUGGCUACCACUCGCCGUACGGCAGCCUGGGCGUGGAGAACGGCAUGUAUCCCGGUGACUUCAACUCGAUGCACGAUGCCGCCAAUGGCAACAAUGGCGGUGGUAACAACCGAUAUGCCAACGCCUCGACCGUCGAUCAGUAUUUUGAUUCAGCCGCCGCCGCCGGCAGCGGCGGAGGAGGAGCCUGGUGUCAGUCGCAGAUGGGCAGCGCCAAUAGUUACAUGGGUCAGGCGGCGUACCAGAACAGCGGACCGCUCUCUGGCCACUCCAUGGACCAGCAGCAGCAGCAGCAGCAGGUUCACCAGGCGGACGCACUUGGCAUGGGCGGCGGAGGAGGAGGAGGCCCCGUCGAUGGAUUGCACUGCCCGGUGUCCACGGCCCUGCCGCCGAUGAGCUCUUUUCGCGCCACUCCCGGACCAGUGAACGUUAACGUGAAUCCCCCAGCCGUGUUCAACUCGCCGCAGGCCCACAACCACAACAACCAUACAGUACAAGCACAGCACAGUGCACUGUCCACGGCUGGACCGCUUGGCCAUCACUCGCUCAAUCACACGCCGCACGCACAUUCCCACGCACUACCGCUCCCUCUUCCGCUCCCGCACGCCCUGCCCCUUGGCCAUCCGCAUCCACAUCCCACACAACACAGUCAGCAGAACAGUCCUGCCGUGCAGAGUUCCGUUCAGGAUGCGUUCAGUGGUCAAGGGGCCAGUGUGAAGGUGGUGCCCGGAGCUGGUAAUUCCUCGGCGGCGGCCCUGCGGCAGCAGCAACAGAUGUACAUGCCGGCGGAUCAAAGUAUUAGUAGUUUCGGCUCGAAUCCCUCGACGCCCGUCAACUCGCCGCCACCGCUGACCCAAUCGGUGGUCGGCGAGCCCUCCGUUUCCGGCGGCUCUGGCUGGGGCCACUCGGUGCUAAAUGGCGGUCCCAGCUCGAGCUAUGUCAGCGAAAUGGGCCCCGUGUCCAGCCUGCACACCAUGGCCUCCGUUUUCCAGGGCGUUCGCAUGGAGGAGCGACUGGACGAUGCCUUGAAUGUGCUGCGGAAUCACUGCGAGCCCGAGAUGCUGACCUCGAUCGACAACCUUGAAGGUUUGACCUCGUUUGUGCCCAACUCGCCGUCGCAUCUGGGAAGCGCUGGAAAUGCCGGCUCGUCUAGCAACGCCACCAAUGCCGCUUUGGUGCACGAAGUUCUGGCCUUGGGCGCAGCUGCCGCCGCCGGAACCUCCAGCCAGUCUCUGAAACUCGAUCGCAGUGCGUCCACUUCCUUGACCAAGCAAACGAAAAAGCGGAAAGAGCACACGGCCAUCAGCAAUUCGGCGGCGGUGCCGGCGGGCGUCUCCACCACCUCCAGUCUGACCAGCCUGGACAUUUCGGACACCAAGCCGACCAGCUCGAUUGAGUCGUCGAACUCGGGACUGCAGCAGCAUUCGCAGCAGGGUUCCAAAGGCUCGAAGAGACCGCGACGCUAUUGCUCGGAUGAGGACGAGGACGACGACGCCGAGCCGGCGGUUAAGGCUAUACGCGAGAAGGAGCGGAGACAGGCGAAUAACGCCCGCGAAAGGAUCCGCAUUCGGGAUAUCAACGAGGCGCUGAAGGAACUGGGCCGCAUGUGCAUGACCCACCUGAAGUCCGACAAGCCGCAGACGAAGCUGGGCAUCCUGAACAUGGCCGUCGAGGUGAUCAUGACGCUGGAGCAGCAGGUGCGCGAGCGCAAUCUGAAUCCGAAGGCGGCGUGCCUGAAGCGGCGCGAGGAGGAGAAGGCCGAGGAUGGGCCGAAGCUGAGUGCCCAGCAUCACAUGAUACCGCAGCCGCAGCAGCAGCAGGUGGGAGGCGGUACGCCCGGGAGCAGCUACCACGGCCAGCCGGCGCAGACCAUCAGCAGCAUGACCAUAUCCCUACCCGUCAACCAGGUCAACCCAGCCAACAGCGGCCUGCCACCCCACUUGCAGCAGCAGCAGCAGCAACAAUCACAGCUCGGACACGCCCAGCUUCCGCAAUAGCAUGCACCGCCCAGGAACCCCUGCUGGAAAUCAUCGUCGUCGUCCCUCUCUUCCAUAAAAACCGAAUGUAUUGAAGGCUCCGCGGCCAAGUACUCAGAUAACUUGCAACUGGAGAAUCAGGUUUUAAGCAAUAUGUUCUGGCGUUGUCGUCCUCCCAAAUUGCAGCCACAACCCCUACAAAAUGUACAACACUUUUAACAAAACACAAAACAAACCAUAAGAAAACUAAAUGAGAUAUAACGAAAACAAACGCCCAAAUGAUUGCCAAUCCACCACACACACACACACAGAAUUGCUCUUUUUUAAAACGAUUGUAUAUAGCUGUUCCAUUAUGUUUAACCUGGGAAGAUCUUUUUCGUUUUCUAGAAUGUUUGAUUUAAUAAUUAUUUGUUUUAUUUUGUGCGAUAUCACCGUAGCCAUAUUUUUUAUAUACAAAUACAUGCAUACAUAACGACAUAAUUAAGUGAAAAUAGUUUUAUAAUAAAAAAAAAACACAACACAUAGACUUACUUCUAUAUAUUCCCGAGAGCUAAGGAAUAAAUAUGUCCAUAUUAAUAUUUUA